AGGGGGCAGUGUUGCUUUUGGACACUGUCAUACACGGAAAUAACAGCAAAGACUUGUCUGUCCAGGGUGUUAUUUUGCGCUGUUGGCGGUUACUGUUAUUCUUCUGGGCUGUUUUGAAAACGAAAGUAAGUGUUAACCUCCAUUAUCUGAGGACAGCAUGGAUGAAUCCAUGGAAGACGAGGCCUCGAAGGUUCUGCGACAGGACCUGACGUGUCCCGUGUGUCAGAACAUCUUCAGUGACCCUGUGCUCCUGCCAUGCACCCACUCCUUCUGUCGGGAAUGUGUACAGAGGAGCUGGAAGUUCAACAAAAAGUGUCCGACCUGUAGAAACCAUUUUACCGAGGACCAAGCUAUUACAAAUCGUGAUCUGAAAAAUGCUUGUGAAACUUUUGUGAGGCAGUCCAACUGGAGAAACCCCCCGCAACCGAGCGAGUUUGUGUGUAACCUGCACCAGAAGCCCCUCGAGCUGUACUGCGAGAAGGACGAGGAGCCAGUGUGCGUGGACUGUGCCAUUCUUCACAGCACGCACCGUCUGCUCAGCAUCAAGGAUGGAGUCCCCCUCUGUAAGAGAGAGCUUUUUUGUAAGCUGGACAUAUUCGAAAAGAAGGUGGAUUUACACAGAAGAAUGAAGCAUAGGUUUACCAAAGCAGUGGAUUAUGUGAAGCAUCAAGCAGAAGAAGCAGAGAAACAGAUCAAAGAAGAAUUUGAAAAGCUCCACAAAUUUCUUUAUGCUGAAGAAAGUAAGCGACUUGAAGUCCUGGCCAGUGAAGAGAAGGAAAAGAUAACAACUUUACAAGAAAAGAUAUCCAAAACGGAAGAACAUUUAAAAAGUCUUAAAGAACACGUGGACACUCUCAAUAAAGAGCUAGGAAAUGAAGACCUGCCCCUUCUGAUGAAUUUCCAGAAAAUAAAAAGACAAGCUGAAUGGACAAAAAGUGACCCCAGGAUUUGUCACAGUGAUCUUCUGAAUAUGAGUACACAUGUUGGAGCUUUAAGCUUCACUAUCUGGAAGAAAAUGAAAGAUUGUGUUAAAUAUAACCCAGUGGUACUAGAUCCCAACACUGCUUCCCCCUGGUUGGCCUUGAGUUCAGAUCUGACCAGUAUGAAAGAAAACCCAGAGCGACUCACUGUCCCUGACAACCCAGAACGCUUUGACCCAUGUGUAUUUGUACUGGGAGCUGAAGGAUACACCUCUGGGAAACACAAGUGGGAGGUCUCCGUUGGAGAUAACCCCAAAUGGAUUGUGGGAGUGUGCAAAGAAUCAGUAGUACGUAAAAGAAAGUUUACAUUGUCAACCAAUCGGGGUGUGUGGGCCAUAGGGCUCAGCAAAGGGGUAUACACUGCAUUAACACCACAACGUCCAGAGCUACCCGUAAACCCACGUCCAGAGAAAAUUCGGAUUAAGCUAAACAUGGACAAACAUGAAGUGUCUUUUUGGGAUGCAAUGACGGCAACAUUUUUGAUCUCUUUUAGUUUUGAGUUGGAUAUACCUUUGGAUGAAAAGGUGUAUCCAAUUUUUGGUCCAGGGCUUCACAGUACCCCUAUGAUUCUAGCUCCAGGUAAAAUUGCUAUGCAUACAUCCUAACUGAACUGGUCAUUUUAAAAUUAUGCAAUUAAAAAUAUAGAUCUGUAUAAAUACACUAACACAGAAAGUGAAGUUAACAAGUACACUUGUCAUUAGGCCUAAUUGAUUAAACAUCACUAUGAUGUUACUAGUGUGGACAUUGGGAUAAGGCUAUGAUACAGAGCACUUAUAAGGCUAAGUAUUAUUCAUUUUACUAAAGGGUUUUUCUUUUUCUUUUAGGGGUUGAAAAUAUUUUUCAGUGCCUUUAUUAUUUUGUUUGUUAAAUGUA